AUGUACGUAUACAACUCAUCCAAGAUAUCUGACUGGCCAGGCUCUAAAGCAGUAAAGGGAACCGUCAAUAUCCUCCUGCAGAGAGGAGCAGACCCAAAUCCGGCAGAUGGAUCAGCCCCAAUACUGGCUGCGCUCAAACUGUAUGCGGAAGACUUAGUUCUACUGUUGUUGAAAGCUGGAAGCAGCCCAGACUGCCGUGAUGCAUACAAUCGCACACCCUUAAUCAUUGCCACAACUCUGGGGAUGGCACGAGUUGUUGCAGCAUUGCUGGAGAUACUAGAUACCCAUACCGACUUAGAGAUCAAGGAUUUCUAUGGACGCUCAGCGAUCACCGAAGCCACCAGAAGAAACAAAAAUCAGAUUCUGAAGUUAUUGACUCGUGAUUCCGAUUACUGCCCAAAUUCUUCAAUGUCUUGUAUUUUAUCCGAUGCUGAACUGGUUAAAGUUCCAGAGAGAUUUGAUGAUAUAUGUUCUGUCUGCAUGGUUCCCCUGUUGAAUGAUUCGCAAGAUCAUUAUUCUUGUCAGCAAUGUGCCUCCUUCAAGAUCUGUAGGGAGUGCGAAGACUGGCAAGUCACCUGUUUACACCCAGGGCAUGAAAUUGUCUUGCAGCAUGACGAACCUGGAUAG